CCGCCGCCCGCGCCCCCGCCCUGCGCCCCCUGGGCCCGGGCCUGGCCGGCCCGCGCCGCCGCCUCCCCGCUCGCGCGCGGACCCCUCCCCGGAGGCCACCCCCGGACCCCUGCCCGCGGACCGACAGACAAAGGCCUCCAGGCCGCCGGCUCCCCGGGCCCCUCGGGUCCACGCCGCUGCCCAAAUUGCGCAUCGGGAAGCGCCCGGCAGCCGGGCCCGCCUUAGAGGGUCACGACGGUAGGAUCCCUGCUGAUCCAUCCCGCGCGCUUCUUUGUGCCCGACUCCGAGUUAAAAUGUUUACAUGGAUCCGGCGAUGCAAUGAUCUUAACAGCCCUUGGAGGAAGCGGACGCAGCAUCCCCUGCUUGCGGGCGGAGAGCACAGAUUUCGAUGUGGGACCGCGGAAAAAUCUGGCCCUGGCACACUCGCCGUGUGACCUUGCGGGGUGGCCUUCCCUUAUGAAACACUACAGCCCCACCGACUACGUCAAUUGGUUGGAGGAGUAUAAAGUUCGGCAGAAAGCUGGGUUAGAAGCCCGGAAGAUCGUAGCCUCCUUCUCAAAGAGGUUCUUUUCAGAGCACGUCCCUUGUAAUGGUUUUAGUGACAUAGAGAAUCUUGAGGGACCAGAGAUAUUUUUUGAGGAUGAACUGGUGUGUAUCCUAAAUAUGGAAGGAAGAAAAGCUCUGACUUGGAAGUACUACGCUAAAAAAAUUCUUUACUACCUACGCCAACAGAAAAUUUUAAAUAACCUAAAGGCAUUUCUUCAGCAGCCUGAUGACUAUGAAUCGUACCUUGAAGGCGCUGUAUAUAUUGACCAAUACUGCAAUCCUCUCUCUGACAUCAGCCUCAAAGAUAUCCAGGCCCAGAUUGACAACAUCGUAGAGCUGGUCUGCAAAACCCUCCGGGGCAUGAACAGUCGCCACCCCAGCUUGGCCUUCAAGGCAGGUGAAUCCUCCAUGAUAAUGGAGAUAGAACUCCAGAGCCAGGUGCUGGACGCCAUGAACUACGUCCUUUAUGACCAGCUGAAGUUUAAGGGGAACCGAAUGGAUUACUAUAAUGCCCUAAACUUAUACAUGCACCAGGUUUUGAUUCGAAGAACAGGAAUUCCGAUCAGCAUGUCUCUGCUCUACUUGACAAUUGCCCGGCAGUUGGGGGUCCCGCUGGAACCUGUCAACUUCCCCAGUCACUUCUUGUUAAGGUGGUGCCAAGGUGCAGAAGGGGCGACCCUGGACAUCUUUGACUACAUCUACAUAGACGCUUUUGGGAAAGGGAAGCAGCUGACAGUGAAAGAGUGUGAAUACCUGAUCGGCCAGCACGUGACGGCAGCGCUGUACGGGGUGGUCAACGUGAAGAAGGUGUUACAGCGGAUGGUGGGAAACCUUUUAAGCCUGGGAAAGCGGGAAGGCAUCGACCAGUCUUACCAACUCCUGCGAGACUCCCUGGAUCUGUACCUGGCGAUGUACCCGGACCAGGUGCAGCUUCUCCUCCUGCAAGCCAGGCUCUAUUUCCACCUGGGCAUCUGGCCAGAGAAGUCUUUCUGUCUUGUCUUGAAGGUGCUUGACAUCCUCCAGCACAUUCAAACCCUAGACCCCGGGCAGCACGGGGCGGUGGGCUAUCUGGUGCAGCACACGUUAGAGCACAUCGAGCGCAAGAAGGAGGAGGUGGGUGUGGAGGUGAAGCUGCGCUCCCACGAGAAGCACAGAGACGUCUGCUACUCCAUUGGGCUCAUUAUGAAGCAUAAGAGGUAUGGCUAUAACUGUGUGAUCUAUGGCUGGGACCCUACCUGCAUGAUGGGACACGAAUGGAUCCGAAACAUGAACGUCCACAGCCUGCCUCAUGGCCAUCAUCAGCCUUUCUAUAAUGUUCUGGUGGAGGAUGGUUCUUGUAGAUAUGCAGCCCAAGAAAACCUGGAAUAUAACGUGGAGCCUCAAGAAAUCUCACACCCUGACGUGGGACGCUAUUUCUCAGAGUUUACCGGCACUCACUACAUCCCGAACGCGGAGCUAGAAAUCCGGUACCCAGAGGACCUGGAGUCUGUGUAUGAAACGGUGCAGAAUAUUUACAGUGCAAAGAAGGAGGACAUAGAGUAGCGUCCCGUAGAGGACACCGAGCCUUUGCCGCUGCCGCUGUCUCCAGGAGAACAGGAUUCCGGAAGAAGACGUCUCCACGGAUCCCUCUGGAUUCACACCACCAGGAAAGCACUUAACCAGUAGCGUGGUUGCCUCCCACCGAGUUUAGACAACGUGUGCUCUCCUCCAGCUGCAAAGACAAUGUCGCUCUCCGCCUACACUAGUGAAUUCAUUUGACGGCACUGUGUUCAGUGGCAUGGCUUGUGCGCUUGUCCUGUGGUGACAGUUCGUGACACUCUGUCUUCAUGAGGCCUCACAGUCGACACUCGUAGAAUCAUCCUUCCCGCCCACUUCCCGUUACGUCUGUCUACACUCGUCUCCGACCGUUUCGUUUGCCGGACGGAUGGGGUUCCAUGUUUGCACCGGUUCCCUUCUGGUUUCGCCGUGGAGCGCGCGCGGCCCGGAGCCGGGACCGCUUGUCUUUUCGCCCUGCGUGUAGUUGCUUCUUCAGAGGCGAGGCUGCGAGCGACGGCAGCAGCAUCCGAGCAGCGGGGACACGAACACGCAGAUUGGUCAUCAGAACCGUUCGGCUUUAUUUGUUCCAAUACGUGAAACAGAUUUCAGCCGCUUUAUCUCUUCCUUUAUUUGAAGCGGGAGCACGGCAGAGCGUUGCCCGCCACGUUCCUCCCAGGUCCGUGCUCCUGUCUGCGAAUCCCCAGUUUUCUGUUUCCUUACGUGAAAUCUUGUGAGAAAGUGCACCGUAAUGGCCUUUAUGGAUGGAUUUUCCCACAUUCGUCUACUUCCCCUUCCCUUUGAAAUAACUACUUUUUUCUCUCCUUUAAUUUUAAAAAUUAUUCCGGUAUCAUAAAUAGAUCUUAAGUCAGUGAUGGGUUCUCUUUAUAGUAGGAAGUACAAUCUGGUGUUAGAAUGUUCACUUUUAGAAACCACACGCCGUGGUCUCCAAAGACCUAAAGGAGGUUUCACUUUUGUAAUCAGAAAAAAAGAAAUAAUGAACCUUAUGCAUUUUUUAAAGAGGAAACAGGAGGGUCCGUGUCCCCCGUCAUCCCUUAGAAUCACUCUUCGACCCUGCCGGCUGUGGCAGGGUGGACGCAGGUAAAACGUCUUUAACCUGAGGAGUGUCGAUCCGUGGGGAAGGAGGCGGGAGCGCCCUGCUUUCUCGAGUCCCCGCUGCCUGAAGGUCCCACUGGCUCCCGCCCCCCACCCUUGGUCCCUGAGCUCGGGGGCACCGAGGCCCUCACAGCCCCGAGCGCCCGCCACUCUCGACCUGCCAGUUCUCACGCGAGCUAGCUAAUUCGUAGUUAACCAGUAGACGCUACCUUCGGGAGUUAGGACCUAGUUACAUUACUCUCUGAGUUGCAAAGAAUCCAGUCGCCCUGGUGAGCGAGGCUUUGGGGGCUGUGAUCCGACCCCGCCUCGCCGCCCUUCUGUGCAUUUGCAUGUGGUUCCCCACACCCUGUUUGAUGACUGCCUCAUUUCCCCCUUUGGAAGCCCUGGGAUGACCGAGGUUUGGGGAGGCCACCCGAGACCACUUAGUAGUCACUGACGGCUGGUGAGCAGUUAUUAGAAAGAGGCGAGGGUCUGGCCGACCCCUGCCAGCCCCAGCUCGCUGUCGCCAGUCAGAUCCAGAGCCUGAUGGUUUCGAUCGGCCUGGGAAAUGUGACCACUCACAGCACCCAGCCCGCCGAGGCCGGGGGUCUUACACUACUCUCGUUUGAAGGUGAGAACUAGUUAGUCCAGAGGUAAUUACUAAGAAACUAACCAGAUGCAUUACUAAGAAACUGUGGAGCAUGCUGAGUUAUAAUUGUUGGUUUUCUGGUUUGAUUUCCUUUUUCCUUAGAGUAACAUCAAAGCCAAGAAGGAUGGUUUUACCUUUACUGACCCAAUGUAAAUAUGUAUCUAGACCGUUUUUAAAUGUGUUCCUUCAUGAAUGCUUCAUUUGGCUCCAGGAAGCCUGUGUCACCUGUGUAAGUUGGUAUUUGGGCACUUUAUAUUUUUCUAAAAACGUGUUUUGGAUCUCCUGUACUCUAAUAAAUCAUAAGUUUCUUUUUAAAAUUUUUUCCAAAAGUUUUCUCCAUUUUAAGAAGUCCUGUUAUAACAAAGUAGGACUUUCACAAUGUUAAAAUACUAACUAUUUGGAUAGAGUGACUUCUUUUCUCUUCAAAUGAAUGCCAAGAUUUUUUUGUACAAUGAUUAAUAAAUGGAACUUACCCAGAGAA